GCACACCACCACAUUUUAUUUGUCUUAUUCACACUCUUUUUAGUAUACACCUCUGAAGCUAUAUAGCUCUGUUGAAGGAGAAAGAAGAGGGUUUUUGUGGGGGUGAAGAAGAAAGAAGAAUGGAGAAAGCUUUAACUAAAGUUGGGAGCAUCAAAGUUGGAAGCUUUUGGCUUACCAAGAAAGCUAAGGCAGAAUUCAACAACAUCUCUCAAGACAUAAAUAGCAUUUCAAAUACUGUUGAAGAGAAGGCAAAAUGGAUCUUUAACAAACUAAAAGGAACGCCUAUGAAGAGCUUGACAGAUCUUCUUCGAGAACACAAUCUCCCACCAGGUCUUUUCCCCCAGAACAUAACGAGUUAUGAAUUAGACGAGUCAAAAACAAAGCUGACCGUUUACCUUCCCUCCCCAUGCGAGAUAACCUUCAAGGACGGCUCUCUGAUUAGAUAUGCUACUAGGGUGAAAUGCAUUUUACUAAGAGACAAGCUUAUUGGCAUAGAAGGAAUGAAGACUAAAGUCUUAGUAUGGGUGAAAGUCACAAAUGUAUCCGUCGAAGGCCACAGGUCAGAGAAGAUUUGGUUUACUGCUGGUGUAAAGAAAUCGAGGCCAAGGGAAGCUUAUGACAUUCCUCGCGAUGCAGUUAGAGUAAAAGAGUUUUGAGAGUCCGAUUAUUCAUACUAGAACAAGUCCUCAACAAUCAAAAAGAUUUUCGAGUAGGCUAUGUUUUGAUGGUUUUCUUGUAGCAAAAUCGUUCCGAUGAACACUUCAGGAAACAAGUAUGAGGGCAACCCGGUGCACUUAAGCUCCCGCUAUGCGCAGGGUCCAGGGAAGGGCCCGACCACAAUUCAUGCAAAAUGGUGUUUAGCAAUUUAGCAUACUCAGCUAGAUUGUAACAAUAGUUGGAUGGCUAGACAUCUACCUUUUUUUUUUCUGGAAUUUUUUUGAGAUGCUAUUUAUUAUGGCUACUAUUUGAAGAAAAUUAUUCACCUAAUUGAGUUGAGUUGGUGAGUGAA